AUGAAGCUUCAAGUGUUCGGCCUUUCAUCACUGUCAAGCUAUGGUGGUCGGGCUUUUUCGAAUAAUGAGGGGAAUACGCCGAACGAAGAGCGUACCAUGUCGAGUGAGCAUUCUCUGGAUGAUCAUGAACUGAACACGACAUAUGACACGAGUGACACCACCAGGACCAAACCCACACUGGUUCAAAGACUCGAAUCAGCUAUUGUAGAUGGAAAGCAAUCAAUUAAUUCAAUUGAUGGUUUGAGUAAUAAGAAAAGGCAAAGGGAUUCUGAGAAUGGGGAUUCUAAUGGGUCAGAGAAGAUUAAGGCCAUUGACAAGUUUCGACACAUGGGUAUCAAAGAAUUACGGGAAUAA